AUGGCUAUCUUCGGUGUCUUGUUCCGAGCUGCUCUUGCUGUUGGUUCUAUUGCUUUCGGUGCUCUCAAAGCUGCCUACAAUCAAGCAGCAAAAACAUCGGGUGGAAGCGCCGGAGCAGGUGCUUUUGGACAGAAAUUGAGUAUUACGAAAACACAACCAAUGACCAUUGCAGAGGCACAAAAGAUUUUAGGUCUUCCCAAAUUAGCGGAAGGAGAAACAAUUGAUUACGGGCUUGUUCAAGACCGAUUUGAAAAGAUGUUCAUCAACAACAGUGUGAAGAAUGGAGGAAGUUUUUAUCUCCAAUCAAAAAUAAUACGAGCUAAGCAAUGUAUUGAAUAUGAAUUGCUCAAAGAAAACAAAUUGAAUAAUGAAGACCAAGGGAGCUAUGAAGCAAGGACAAAGAGCGUCGUGGAGCAGCAUACCACAGAAAAUCAAAGCGUGUAA